AUGGACAAUUCUUAUCUCUACUCUCCAGCCCAGGCGCUGGAGCAUUUUGCUGUCAAGGAGUCUUCGGGUCUAUCGCAGACCCAGGUCUCCAAGUCUAAGCAAAAAUAUGGUCCAAAUGCUCUCGCCGAAGACCCUCCCACCCCGCUAUGGAAACUCGUGUUGGAACAAUUCCAAGACCAAUUGGUCCUUAUCCUCUUAGGAUCAGCUGCUGUAUCCUUUGUCCUGGCUCUGUUUGAAGAGGGUGAUGAUUGGACCGCAUUCGUGGAUCCUGUUGUCAUCCUGACGAUUCUCAUCCUCAAUGCUGUCGUUGGUGUGACCCAGGAGAGCAGUGCGGAAAAGGCGAUUGCUGCUCUUCAAGAAUACUCGGCCAAUGAGGCCAAGGUGGUUCGCGAUGGUACUGCCCAGCGCAUCAAAGCCGAGGAUCUGGUUCCUGGAGAUGUCAUCCACGUCGCUGUGGGAGAUCGUGUUCCUGCCGACUGCCGAGUGCUUACGAUUCACAGCAACAGCUUCCGUGUUGACCAAGCCAUCCUGACUGGUGAGAGUGAGAGUGUUGCCAAAGACACUCGUCCUGUCCAGGACGAGAAGGCUGUCAAGCAGGAUCAGGUCAACAUGCUUUUCUCGGGAACAACCGUUGUCAAUGGCCAUGCUACUGCUCUCGUUGUCCUGACUGGCGGGUCGACUGCCAUUGGUGACAUUCACGAGAGCAUCACCUCCCAGAUCUCGGAACCUACUCCAUUGAAGCAGAAGCUUAACGAUUUCGGUGACAUGCUAGCCAAGGUUAUCACGGUUAUCUGUAUUCUCGUCUGGGUUAUCAACAUUGAACACUUCAACGACCCGUCGUUUGGUGGCUGGACCAAGGGUGCGAUCUAUUAUCUCAAGAUUGCUGUCUCCCUAGGUGUGGCUGCCAUUCCCGAAGGUUUGGCUGUGGUAAUUACUACUUGUCUUGCUCUCGGUACUCGAAAAAUGGCCAACAAGAACGCCGUGGUUAGGUCUCUGCCUUCGGUUGAAACCCUUGGUAGCUGCAGUGUCAUCUGUUCUGACAAGACCGGAACCCUGACCACCAACCAGAUGAGUGUGGAGAAGAUUGUUUACCUAGGCAAGUCUGGCAAGGUUCUUGAGGAUAUUGACGUCGCCGGUACGACCUUUGCACCUGAAGGAAAGCUCUCCCAGAAUGGCAGGGUUGUCGAAAACCUCGCUGCCACAUCGUCGACCGUUCGCCAAAUGACCGAGAUCAUGGCUCUCUGCAACGGUGCUAAGCUGUCUCACGAUUCGAAGACCGGUGCAUUCUCUAACAUUGGCGAACCAACCGAAGGUGCGCUGCGAGUUUUGGUUGAAAAGAUUGGAACCGAUGAUGCCGCUACCAACCAGAAGUUGCUCAGUCUUCCCGCCUCCAAGAAGCUUCACGCUUCGAGUGCGCACUACGAAGCUCGUCUACCAUUGAAGGCUACUUAUGAAUUCUCGCGUGACCGCAAGAGCAUGUCUGUCCUCGUCGGCGAAGCAAAGGAGCAGAAGCUUCUGGUCAAGGGCGCUCCCGAAUCUAUCCUCGAGCGCUGCUCACAUGUACUCCUGGGUACCGAUGGAUCUCGCGUGCCUCUCACCAAGGACUACUUGGAUUUGUUGUCUAAAGAGCUUGUUGAAUACGGAAAUCGUGGUCUUCGCGUCAUGGCUUUGGCCAGUGUUAACGAUGUGGCUGCUAACCCUCUUCUGCACAAUGCCCAAUCUACCGAAGAAUACGCUCAGCUCGAACAGAACAUGACUCUCACCGGUCUUGUCGGAAUGCUUGACCCUCCCCGUCUCGAGGUUGCUGAUUCUAUUCAGAAAUGCCGUGCCGCUGGUAUUCGCGUAAUCGUCAUUACCGGUGACAACCGCAACACCGCCGAGUCUAUCUGCCGUCAAAUUGGUGUCUUUGGUGAGGAUGAGGACCUCAAGGGAAAGAGUUUCACGGGUCGCGAAUUCGACGGUCUGUCCGAGAGUGAGAAGCUCGAGGCCGUCAAGACGGCGAGGCUGUUCUCCCGUACUGAGCCUAGCCACAAGUCGAAGUUGGUAGAUCUCCUUCAGUCCCUUAACCACGUGGUUGCUAUGACUGGUGAUGGUGUCAACGAUGCACCCGCCUUGAAGAAGUCUGACAUUGGUGUCGCAAUGGGUACUGGUACCGAUGUGGCCAAGCUGGCCGCCGACAUGGUUCUAGCUGAUGACAACUUCGCGACCAUCACCGUUGCCGUCGAAGAGGGAAGAUCGAUCUACAGCAACACCCAGCAGUUUAUCCGAUACCUGAUCUCGUCAAACAUUGGUGAGGUGGUCUCGAUUUUCCUGACCGCCGCACUGGGCAUGCCCGAGGCUUUGGUCCCUGUGCAACUCCUUUGGGUUAACCUUGUGACUGACGGCUUGCCCGCAACCGCCUUGUCGUUCAACCCUCCCGAUCACGAUGUGAUGAGACGUGCUCCUAGAAAGCGUGAUGAGCCUUUGGUUGGCGGCUGGCUCUUGUUCAGAUACAUGGUUAUUGGCACAUACGUCGGUGCUGCCACCGUCUUUGGUUAUGUUUGGUGGUUCCUCUACAACCCUGAGGGACCCCAGAUCUCCUUCUGGCAACUGUCUCACUUCCACAAGUGCUCUGCCCAGUUUCCCGAAAUUGGUUGCGAGAUGUUCUCGAACGACAUGUCGAGAUCGGCAUCCACGGUGUCUCUCUCCAUCCUCGUGGUCAUUGAGAUGCUGAACGCCAUGAACGCCCUUUCGUCCAGCGAAUCCCUGGUUACUUUUGCUCUCUGGAACAACAUGAUGCUCGUUUACGCCAUCAUCCUUUCCAUGUCUCUCCAUUUUGCCAUCCUGUACAUUCCUUUCUUGCAAGGAUUGUUCUCUAUUCUUCCCUUGGACUGGGUAGAGUGGAAGGCUGUCCUGGCAAUCAGCGCCCCUGUCAUAUUGAUCGAUGAGGUUCUAAAGGUCAUGGAGCGUCGUCUCUACACCCUUCCCGCUGAAACCGCUGCCUCGAAGCCCAAGAAGGCAUAG